GGGCAAUCAGCUUGCCCUCCGGUCGCUCCUUACCCAGCCACCACAUGGUGUCCUCUGUGAUCAUCGUUCACAUAUCGUGCAGUACGAAGCAGGCGGGUAUGUCCAUCCAUUCCCUCCCUGCAGCUAGCAGAGACGGUAAUUGUGCGAACCCUUUUUUAACUGCUCAAAAACACGCUCUUUUAUUCUAGAGUAUCCUUCCUGACUGGGGCAUUGGUUCAAACCGUUAUGCCAGAGAACGGCAUUUACCUGACACUUGAGGAUAUUGCCCGAAACGCAUGCAUCGACGAGGACGUCCAUUCCUGUCCCACGAAGGUAAUCACCCUUGAGAAUACUCUCAAUGGUGUGAUCAUGCCCCUCAGAGAGAUGAAACGAAUUGCCGCCUUUGCACGACAGCAUCGCAUCGCACUUCACUGUGAUGGUGCGCGACUAUGGGAGGCCUCUGCAGCCGGAGCUGGUAGCCUUGUCGAAUUCUGUUCUUUAUGCGACACUGUGUCGCUCUGUUUUUCUAAAGGGCUAGGCGCUCCUAUUGGCAGUAUAUUGGUCGGGUCUUCUGAAAUCAUCAACAGAGCGAGAUGGAUCCGCAAGUCUAUUGGUGGUGGCCUACGACAAGCAGGGGUUGUUGCCGCGCCAGCAAGGGUAGCUGUGGACGAGACGUUCGGCAAAGGACCCAACGGCGAGGGUGGUUUGCUGCAAGACUCGCAUAUUGUCGCCAAGAUGAUUGAGGAUCUCUGGGCCCGGUUCGGGGGAAAGGUUCUCUACCCUGUGCAAACAAACAUGUGCUGGCUCGACUUGAAGGCGGCUGGUUGCUCAACGGCGAGAUUCGUCGAACUUGGGCAGGAUGCGGGCCUUAAGCUGAUGGGAAACAGACUCGUAGCACACUACCAGAUCGCUCAAAAUCAAGACGACGUGCUCCAGAGACUCGAGCAAGUAUUUCGUCGCUUAUGGGAAGAAAAGGCAGGGCAAGACACAGAAGAGGCGAUAGAGAAUAGCCUUUACCGAAAUGAGACCUGAAAGCAUGCAGCUUUUAUUGCUGUUAGAUGCUGUCAGCACAUAAAUAAGGUACGCAAAAGAUCUGUGUGUGUAUUGAAGAAGAGUAAAAAGUACUCUGCGGAAAUGUCUAACUCUAAGGUAAAAGGAGGGGAAAUCGAUGUGGAUGUAUCGGUCGGAAGUACCCUAUCCGUGUAUAGAAAUAGCGUAAGUUAUACCCUGAUAAGGUGGCUGUAGGUAUCUCAUAUAACCCCCCA